AUGGCAGCUAAAGAGUUGACUUUUGAAGACAUCGUCUGCCUCUUCGAUUCCCUGUCCCUCACUGAGGUCUCCCUGGAUGAGAAUCCCAUAGCUCAGGAGUCAUGGUACAAGCAGACUGCCCUGCGCUACAUGGUGCAACUACGACAUCUGGACAUGAAAAGAAUUACGGACGAAGAACGCCACAUGGCAUCAGUCGUAGCAAGGAAGGAGGAAGAGAAGAAGAAGGAGGGACACAAGCAAGCCAUUCAAAAGGAGAAGCGGCGGCUUGCAAUUCGGAAUGCAGCUUCACAGUGGGAGACUCUAAUUCAGAAGCGCAGCAGCAUUGGAAAGAGCUUUCUGGAGCUCCCUGCUCAGAAUGGCAGUAAGGAGCAGGUCAGUCCUGUCAACGGGACUCCCACUGAACUCUUCACAGAGGAGCCCAGGAGGUUAAGUCCAGCUGGCAGUGCAGAGAGGUUACCUGGGGGGAGAGAGGGCAGCGAGAGACAACCCAGAGCCCCAAGCAGACCCAACAGCCCCCGGGAUGCCAAAUCCUCAGAGGGGGCGGGGGGCCCCAGUGUGCAAUGUCUGUCCAUGUUGGACUCACACCUGGCAGAGCUGGAUGGUGAAACACUGAGGCUGUUUGGUUUUGGGGCUCUGGAGGCACUGGAGCGAGGUUGGGGGGUGCAGACUGCGAGCGCCGUGACCGCCAUCUCCUUUCGCUACAUUGAGUAUGACGCCAUCGCGCCCACGCUGCCCCGCAUAUGCGUCAAGUUCCCUAAUUUAACGCACUUGAUCUUCUCUGAGACCAAUGUCCACCGGCUGUCCCAGCUGGCCGCUGUGGCUCAGGUCCGGCGGCUUGACCAGCUGACUGUCCACCCUGAGGGGAACCCAGUGGUCAGCUUGGCGCUCUGGAGGUCCUUCGCCAUCUUCCGGCUCGGCCACUUGCAGAGUAUCAACGGGGAGGAGGUCACCAUGAAUGACAUGAUAAUGGCAGAAAGGCUGUUUGGAACUCUGGCUCACGUCGCUGCUGCUGAAACUCCACACUAUCGCCUGCUCCUGCUGCUGGGAGAAUCCAGGAAGCAUCAGCUGCAGUUCCUGCUGGAGGGCCAGGGGCAAAAGGCGGGCCUGAGCCCUGUGGAGCUGCGAGAAAACAGGAAGCUGCUGGGAGAGAGGCUGGACCGAGCCAUCUUCAACUACCCUAGCAGAGACGGGGACACGGACAGGAGCGAGAAAGCUGCUCGCCAGGAGAGGGCGCAAGUGAGCCGGUGCUAUGUGCAGGGGCUGGUGCAGGAAGCAGCAAGCACCAAUCUGAAAGGAGAAUCUCUUCACAAGCUGUGGUCAUCACUGUUCAUGGAGCUGGUCCGAGACAGUGUGGUGGAAAUGAGAGACCGCCCAACCUUCCGCAGAGUCUGCCUUCAGAGGAUCUCAGAGACCAAAUAACACCCAGCUGCUCCACACACCACACCCAGCUUGCUCACACCACACCCAGCUUCAUCACACCACACCCAGCCUCCUAACAUCACAGCUUCCUCACACCACACCUACCAUGCUCCUCACACCACACCCAGCAGCUCCUCACACUACACCCAGCCUCCUCCUCACAUCACACCCAGCAGCUCCUCACACUACACCCAGCAGCUCCCCACACCAUACCCAGCAGCUCCUCACACUACACCCAGCAGCUCCUCACACCACACCCAGCAGCUCCUCACGCCACACCCAGAAGCUCCUCACACCACACCCAACAGCUCCUCACACCACACUUAGCCUGCUCCUACAACCACUUCCAGCGUCCUCACACCACACACCAGGGACGAAUGUGCCACCUUUUGUUUUCAGCAUCAAAACUUUCCUGAACAAACAUACUGUGUUCGGACAUUAAGGAUUUCUGACAAAACCAUUAUAAAGCGUCUUCCACUAGUCCUGCUGCUGCUUCUUCUGUGAAAGGACUGAAAAAGAACUCUCGCCUUCGUACAUCUCCUUCUGCUAUGUGUUUAUCCCCAGACAUGUGGAUAACAUAGGGUUGUAUGAGCAAUGGAGGGCAGAGAUAUUCACCCCAUGUCCAAAAUAUAACCAGAAAAGUAAAGCUAUUUUAAACAGGUCAGUUUGUGCAAGUAAGAGGCUUGAGUGGUACUCGCAGAACUUCAGAUAUGUCCGGAUAUCAGACCUGUCUGAGCAACUGAAUUCAUGUUACCUUGUAGAACAUGUUAAAGCAUGCACAGCUAACAAAAUAUGUAUGUAUUACCAUAACUUAGAUCUCAUAUUUUCAUAUAUGAAAGAUGCACACAUUGGGCUAAAUCCUCAAAGCUGUUUAUUCCAAUUUGUCAUUCACACAUUUUUUUUUUUUUUUCAGAAAGGAGAAACACAACACAAUAAAGUUACCAAACCUGAAAUAAACAACCAAGGCUUUUAAAUAAGGGGCUUGAUGAAGUAACACAUUGUUUCUUAUUUGGGUUAGACGUUUCAUUGGUGUUUUUUUUUCUAUUUUGAAUUGUGUUUUGCUGAUGACAAUUUAAAGUAAGUAGCUUUGCAAAUCAGGCCCAUUAUUAUUCAAAACAGUUUUUAAAUAUGUUAUCUACAACCAGGACCAAUAUCCUAAUUCUUGAUAAGAUUCCCUUUUGCAAUUUAUUAUAUUUAAAACAGGAUUCUUUUUACUUCUCGAUGACGUGGUGUUUUGUAGAUUGGUGAUUGACCUGAUUAAAGGGCAGGGCUCUGUGAUAAGGAUCCUGGCUGUGUCUACAGUAAGUUUCCAUUGCGUCUUGCUCAGACCCCAGGUUAUCUAUAGAUCCUGCUAUUAGAUACCAAUGGGUUGCUCAGACUGCCUGACAACUUGUUUUAAACCAUUUCUUUUCUGAUUUUUUAAUCCAUUUCUUUUCUGUUUCACAUAGUUUUAAUAUAAAA